GGUAUGAUUCAAGUGGAGAACUUCCGGGGCAGCACGAGGUCAAAUGAAAAGUCCGUCCUCCUAUUUCGUCCGACAUUGUCGGAAACACGUUUGUGACCUUUUUUUCCUCACCGUGUUUGAGAGUUUAUGUUUGCUUCGUUAGGAUGGAAGCGAUUGAAACCGGCUGCUUCAUGAAUUUGGAUGUUGAUUUUUCGACAAGUAAUGGAUUAAAACAGGAGAGACAACUUUCUGCCUCACAAAGAAGAUACUACAGUUUCUGCAGAAGAAAGUCAUUUGCUGCCUUCGUAGCAUCGAAGAAGGAGUGUGCAGGAAAAGGAAGCACAUCUUGGUGCUGCUGUAGCCUGACCUUCGUCGAACAUGCUGAGAUUCACCAACAUGUGGCCAAAACUCACAAUUCUAGUAUACAGCAGCUCACGCAGGCCACAUAUGAACAUUUGCUAAGCCAGCUGGAAAAAGACACAGAAACACAGCAGCUGAAAGGGAAAAAGACGGAGGCAGUGGACAUUUCAAUGUGGAUACCAGAUAUCAGCCACAUCCCUGAGGGUGAACUAAAAAAUGGUCCUGGGAAGGUUCUGCUCUAUUAUUGUUACUGUGAAGUGGACGAUCCACAUGCUGUCUGUGCAUGGCAGGAAGCUCUGUGUGAGACACUUCACCUAACCGGCAAGGUAAGGGUAGCAGCAGAAGGCAUCAACGGGACAGUUGGUGGUACCAACGUGGCCACUGACCUUUACAUCAAUGCAAUGCUUUCACAUCCUUUCUUCAAGAUGGAGAAAGAGGAUUUUAAGACCAGUGAUGGUGGUGCUGAGUGUUUUAGACAUUUGAAGGUCGGGGUCUUUAAGGAGAUUGUCCCAAUGGGUGUGGAUCCUGAUGUUGUUUCCUACCAAAUGGCAGGAGUUCACCUGGAACCAGAAGAGUUUCAUAAAGAAGUGGAGACUGCUUUGGCUAAAGGGGAUUUGUGUAACGACACCAUCCUCUUGGACUGUCGCAACUUUUACGAGAGCAAAAUUGGACAGUUUACUCAAUGCCUGGCCCCAAAUAUCCGUAAAUUCAGUUAUUUCCCGGAUUACGUUGACCAGAACCUGGAGCUGUUCAGGGACAAGAAGGUCCUCAUGUACUGCACCGGAGGGAUUCGCUGUGAGCGUGGCUCUGCCUACCUUCGCUCAAAAGAUGUGUGUAAAGAGAUCUACCAACUGAAAGGUGGAAUCCACAAGUACCUGGAACAUUUUCCAGAAGGUUUCUAUCGAGGGAAACUUUUUGUGUUUGAUGAACGCUACACAAUCUCCUCGAAUGAUGACAUCAUUUCAGACUGCAGGUACUGUGGCUGUCCGUGGGAUCAGUAUGAGCUCUGUAGCACUCGGUUCUGCUGCCAGCUAGUGCUGUCCUGUCCUUGCUGCAGACAGGAGGGACACACUGCCUGCUGUCCAACUUGUCAAUCUAAAGGACAGGCUCAGAGCGAGAUGACCUCCGACACCCCACAUCACAAAGAAGAGUGCGAGUGUACUGAAAAACGGGCCAGAAUUCCCCAGGAUAUUAAGCAGCAUGACUGACUAGACUCCAGAACUAUAGAAAUGUUGAUUUUCUUGUGAAUUAAGGAAAUGAAGGGCAAUUUCUCCAGGUCUGAAUUCAGAUUUUAAAGGAAAGAAAUCUGAAUAAUGUAUUUGUGACCCCUUUUAAUCUUUUACUGAGAUAAUGUGAGAACAUGUCUGCUGGAUGAAUUGUAUACAUUUUAAUUAUGUCAAUAUGGUUAUACCAUCAGUAAUUAUAAACACAGUUUCAGAUUGUUUUCACUGGGUUUUUUUUUUCAGCUCACAACUCUGAACUUGAAUAAACACUAUGAAACCCC